AUGAUCUCUAUUAAUGGCAAGGAAGAUUGGAUGGCGCAUGAACAAUUAAAAGCUGAAAAGUUCUGGGUAUGGUUAGCUGCAAGAACUUACAAACUCAAUCUCCGUAAGGAAAUAUCUAACGUACAAGACGCUCGAUUUGAAAGCUAUCACUAUCUUCUGGAACAAUGGCUCGAUGUCAAAGAACUGCUUCGCGAUGGACAACCAAACCUUGAGACAACGCGGGGGAAAAUACUCGUUGAAGCGAGAGGUGCGAUGAGUAAAGCGGUGUGUUUGGCUAAUGCCGGUGACGGCUACAGUGAUUCCCUUGAAUUUGCCGAUAAAAUGCUAAAACUAAAUGGAACUUCACGUGAAGCAUGGUUGGGGAAGCUUUUGUUUGAAUUUUCUGCUUUAGCGCUUCUUGACACAUCCCGCCACUACUUGCAACCUACAGCGUCCGAGUUGAAAAAAGGCGAACGACAGGCCCCAGAAGCUCUUGAUAAACUAGAUAAAGAGCGCAAAGAAUUUCUAGCAACAAUUUCACAUAACCCUUCCAAAUCGCCGAGUAAUUGGCGGUAUGAUCUAUACGUACGCAUAGACGACGAUCUUAAAAACAAAACCGGUAAAGACAGGGAACGUCGAGCGUUGAAAAAUCAAUGGGGAAAAGCGAACUCUGAUUAUAAAACCCUUGAAAAGUGUUUGAAAUUGUGUUAUAAACUAUUGCCGCCUUCACAUACAGGUCGUGAGAGGUCACCUGAAAUCUCUCAAACGCAUUCUCCUCGAGGGCGAAGCAAUGAAAAACGAGAUUCAGAAUCAGACACAGCGCCUUCUUCGAGGAAGCCAGCUUCAUCAAAGCCACUAUCUACCCCCAAACGACGUCCCCAAGAUGUGACUGAUGGUUCUUCAUCGAAACCCACACCUCCUGCAAGAAAUCACUCUCGAUAUUCUCGGACGACGAUUUCAGUGACUCCUCAGUUUCUGAGGCGUCUAUGCCUAUAG